AUGGCGGUGGCAGGAGAGAAGCGGCGGUUAGAGUCCAGCGGACACCGGCGGUUCCCUCGGACGCUCGCGGCCAAGUACAUCACCGAGUUCCGCAGCCUGAUACCCACCCUGGGCUGGCCGGACGAGGUCCUGCAGGCCCACCUGUGCCAGGGGCUCAACGAAGACAUCCGCCACUACCUCUUCCGGGUGCCCCAGCCGGACUCGCUCGACAGCCUCGUUGUGCUGGUCCUGCAGAUAGAGGAGAAGCUGGCUGAGCGGAGGGCGGUGCUGAGGCUGCCCCCCGAGGCCCGCCCGCGGAACCUGACCUGGAUUGACUCACCUGCGCCCGAGAGGUGGAUGGUGAGCAGCUGGCUGCCCAGCGAGGCCCACCCGGCCAUCAACCGGGCCCACCUCUUCCUGCUGCUCAUGGUGCGCGUGAACCCCUACCACAGCGUGGCCGUCCAGGCCCUGGUCGACUCGGGGGCCGAGGGCAACUUCAUGGACGAGAAGUUCGCGCAGGAGCACUACGUGGAGCUGUACCAGAAGCCCUACCCGCAGUCCGUGCCGUCCGCGGCCGGCUCGCUGACGGGCGACGAGCCCAUCUGGCUCCACACCGAGCCCCUGGUGUGCAUCCACCAGAACCACCAGGAGUCCAUCGCCUUCGACGUCCUACCUUCGCCCGACUUCUCCGUGGUGCUCGGCGUCCGCUGGCUCCGAGUCCACGCGCCCGACAUCGACUGGAUCAGGGGCCGCUGCACCUUCCACUCUCCCUACUGCCUGGAGCACUGCUUCCGCCCGCCCCCGCCAUGCAUCGCCCUGGAGCGGCACAGCCUGAGCCUGCUCCCCGGCCUGCCGCACCCGUACUCAGACCUGGCCGACGUGUUUAACCCGAAGGAAGCAGAUGAGGAGACUUCCGACCAGCCAAGCUCAGACGGAUCCGAUGAUCUUUCUGAAUCAGAGCCCUCUGAGCUUCAGCAGGCUGGAGACAGUGAUCACAGCGAGACCUUCUACGAGUGUCCCUCCACCGCGCCCUGGGAGCCCGUGGGUGCUAGGAUGCAAGAGCAAGCCAGACAGCGGGAGGAGUGCUGGGCACUGCGCGCCAUGCUCACGGACAGGCAGGACUACAUCCAGGUCAUCCCCGAGCUCUUCGACCAGCUGCACGGGGCGGCCUGGUUCACCAGGCUGGAGCUGCGGGGGAGCGUGGUGCCGGGCAGCCUGGGCGUGGCCCGCACCGAGGACACGUGGCGGGCGGCCUUCGGCUUGGAGCCGCAGGACAUGAAGAGCUACCGGCCCUUCCCGCAGUCCCCCGACCCCGUCAUCCCCCAGAACGUGAUCCACUUUAUCCUCAAGGACAUGCUGGGCUUCUUCGUGCUGUCCUCGGGCCAGGAGGUCCUGGUCUACUCCAUGUGCCGGGAGGAGCACCUGCAGCACGUGCGCCAGGUGCUCGUGCGCUUCCGCCACCACCGCGUCUACUGCUCGCUGGACAGGAGCCAGUUCCACCGGCACACGGCCGAGUUCCUGGGCUUCGUCCUGACGCCCAAGGGCGUGAAGCUCAGCAAGGCCACGGUGGGCGCCAUCGCCACCUACCCGCUCCCGACCUCGCGGAGGGGCCUGCGCGGCUUCCUGCAGCUCGCGCUCCCCUACCGCCACUUCGUGGAGCGCUUCUGCGCCAUCGCCGAGCCGCUCGUGCAGCAGCUGCUGCGCGGCGACGCCGACGACUCGGCGCCCUUCUCCUGGGGCCGGGCCGAGCAGGAAGCCUUCGACGCGCUGCGGCGCGCCUUCCGCCGCGCGCCCCUGCUCCACCACCCCAAGCCCCAGAACCGCUUCUACUUGGAGACGGGCGUCUCCGGCGCGGUCCUGCACGCGGCCCUCAUCCAGACGGAUGAGCAGACCGGCCGCCGCGUCUCCUGCGCCUUCUACUCGCGCAGCGUCUCGCCCAUCGAGGUGGGGUCCUCGGCCGUGGAAAUGCGCGUGCUCGCCGUGCGCGCGGCCCUCGUAGUGUGGAGCCGCUACCUGGAGAACACCGAGGAGCCCAUCAUGAUCCUUCUCAGCAGCGAGGAUCUAGCCUCUCUGAAUAAUGACAGGCUCACCGUACUUCUCCCGGGGCACUGGGCCUUCUUCUUCUCCCACUUCAACUUCGACGUCAUGCCGCUGCCCGCGCACGACCACGACGACACCGGCCAGCGCCGGCCGCCCCUGCGCUGCCCGCGCUCGCUGCUGCUCUCGGCCGCCCGGAGGUCCCAGCGGGACCCCCCUGCAGAGCCCGGCGGCGGUGGCCAGGAGGCGGCGGCCCCGGCGGGGGCGGAGGUGGAGGAGGAGGAGGUGGAGGAGGAGGACGCGCCGGGCCCCGAGGAGGAGGCCCGCGGGCAGAGCCUGGCGCGGGAGCUGCUGGCCAUGAUCCCCGUCCACCACAUCCUCCACAGCUUCCUGGCCCACUUCAGCGUGGCCCAGAUCCGCGCCGUGCUGCUGCACUUCUUCCGCGGCCUGCUCUACUGGAAGAGCGCGCUGGCCCUGGUGGCCCAGGCCCUGAACCGCUUCCUGGCCUUGGCCCAAGCGCAGAGCCCGCCCGCUCCCAGCCUGGAGGAGCUGCCUGAGCCCGAGGGUGACCCUGAGCGGGACGACGACCUGGACUGA